AACAAAUCUUUUACAUGGUUGACCCUGCCGAUCGUAGUUGGUCAGUUGUUCUGGAAGGCAAAAGAAGAAUACUUGGCGUUGAGGAUGUAGAUGAUGAAAAAGAGUAUGAUGAGCAGUUUAAUGAGAUUCCACCUUCCUCCUGGCAUAUCCCUCAAAUGAUUGACGAUGUUGACAUGAGUUAUACACGCCGAGAUCAUGAUGAAGGAUUUUAUGUUGAAAAAGAGAAAUAGUGAGAUAGCGUCAGGCAUGGAUGAAGAUCAACACGCAAAUUCAGGUCCUUCUAACAAAUCACCAAAUCAAGUGCCCCAAAAGCAAAAAAAGAAGCCAAGAGGCCCUACAAAAGGAAUAAAAUCCAUGCCCGGGGUUCCAAGAAUAAUUGAAUGGGAUCACUUGGACCGACCCACAGGGAAAUGGGCAACGGAUUACAAGAAUCACAUUGGCGAGAUAAGUCGCGCAAAGGUUUCAAUAUUGAUCAGAACCUGGGAAGAUGUUUCACAAGGAAUAAAAGACACUUUGUGGGAAGACGUCAAGAGAGAAUUUCAUAUCACAGAUGAAACUAAGAAAGAAGUUGUCUUAAAGAGUUGUGAUAAGCGUUGGAGGGAAUUCAAAUCAAGAUUGACGACUGGUUGGAUCCGGGGUACAAGAAAAAGGCCAAAAGAUGAAAAGAUGCCAUAUGAUUUGUAUAGUUAUAUAACUAAGGAUAUAUGGAAGGAAUUUGUGAAGAUACGUACCUCCGAAGAAGCUGAGGAAAUAAGUGAGAAAGCAAGACAAAGUCAAUCUUUCAACAUAUAUCCUCAUCAUAUGGGACAGAAAUCAUAUGCUGAAAUGACAAGUGAAUGACAGAGAAAAGGGUACAUUCCCUCAGUUUCU